AUGCUAGGGAACUUGGAUAAGGGUGAGAAGAUUGCUUCCUCGUUCCGCCCUUUCUCCUCGUUCCGCCCUUUCUCCUCGUUUCGCCCUUUCUCCUCGUUCCGCCCUUUCUCCUCGUUCCGCCCUUUCUCCUCGUUCCGCCCUUUCUCCUCGUCCCGCCCUUUCUCCUCGUUCCGCCCUUUCUCCUCGUUCCGCCCUUUCUCCUCGUUCCGUCCUUUCUCCACGUUCCGCCCUUUCUCCUCGUUCCGCCCUUUCUCCUCGUUCCGCCCUUUCUCCACGUUCCGCCCUUUCUCCUCGUUCCGCCCUUUCUCCUCGUUCCGCCCUUUCUCCUCGUUCCGCCCUUUCUCCUCGUUCCGCCCUUUCUCCUCGUUCCGCCCUUUCUCCUCGUUCCGCCCUUUCUCCUCGUUCCGCCCUUUCUCCUCGUUCCGCCCUUUCUCCUCAUUCCGCCCUUUCUCCUCGUUCCGCCCUUUCUCCUCAUUCCGCCCUUUCUCCUCGUUGCGCCCUUUCUCCUCGUUGCGCCCUUUCUCCUCAUUCCGCCCUUCCUCCCCAUCCCCCACUGUUCACCCCACGGUUUCCCCAUCCCUUACUAUUCACCCUCCGCUCCCCACGCGCACCAUCCCCCACUUAUCCCUUGUAUUCACCUCCCCCCACUGCUCCCCUCUAUUCACCUUCCCGCACCUCUGCACUCGUCGUUCCCUCCCUUGCUCUGCACUCGUCGUUCCCUCCUUGCUCUGCACUCGUCGUUCCCUCCCUUGCUCUGCACUCGUCGUUCCCUCCCUUGCUCUGCACUCGUCGUUCCCUCCCUUGCUCUGCACUCGUCGUUCCCUCCCUUGCUCUGCACUCGUCGUUCCCUCCCUUGCUCUGCACUCCUCACAACACAUGCGUGCCAUCCCGCCAGUCCCUCACUCACACCACACUUGCCAUCCCGCCAACCCCUAUGCUAAAACCUCUCCUCUCCUCUGUUCACCUCCUCUCCUCCCCUCUGUUCAACUCCUCUCCUCCCCUCUCUUCACCUCCUCUCCUCCCCUCUCUUCACCUCCUCUCCUCCCGUGGUCUGUUCAACUCCUCUCCUCCCCUCUGUUCACCUCCUAUCCUCCCCUCUGUUCACCUCCUCUCCUCCCCUCUGUUCACCUCCUAUCCUCCCCUCUGUUCACCGCCUCUCUGUUCCUCUGUUCACCUCCUCUCCUCCCCUCUGUUCACCUCCUCUCCUCCCCUCUGUUCACCUCCUCUCCUCCCCUCUGUUCACCUCCUCUCCUCCCCUCUGUUCACCUCCUCUCCUCCCCUCUGUUCACCUCCUCUCCUCCCCUCUGUUCACCUCCUCUCCUCCCCUCUGUUCACCUCCUCUCCUCCCCACCACUUGCCACCUCUGCCACAAUUUCAGAACCCGCCACACGCCAUCCCCUCGCACCGGCCAUCCCGCCAUCCGUCCCUCCUCCCCACCCCACCCCACCGCACCCCACCUGUGCAGGUGGCAUUCUCUCAACCUUCAUCUCCCCUGCCCUCCUCUCUCCGUCCUUUUCCUCACCUGAAGCCCUUCCUUCUCUCUCUUCUCUCAAACGGUCCUUCGUGGUAAAGGACGGGCUGGGCUAUGCAGCCGAGGUCACGCCCUCCCAGUUCAACAUUACCCCUUGUUUGCUCUUCGGUAUUAUAAUUUCUCUUCCUCUUCCUCCUCUCUUGUACCGCACCGAGGUGCUAGCACGUGCAGAGGCACAGGGCAUGGUGAGCAAGACAUUGGGCAUGGCCCUGGGUAUCGCCAUCGCUCCACACGUCUUGGCGCGGGCAGAGGCACAAGGCAUGGUGAGCAAGACAUUGGGGAUGGCUCUAGGCAUCGCCAUUGCUCCUCACGUAGGCACCAGGGGUCCUCUGCUGUGGCUGAUCCACGCAUGCCCUGCUGUCCGGCCCACCCAUGUGAUUGUACUUCACUUUCUGCUCCUCCCCUUCCUCUCCCCACAGGUGCUAGCACGCGCAGAGGCACAGGGCAUGGUGCUAGCACGUGCAGAGGCACAGGGCAUGGUGAGCAAGACAUUGGGGAUGGCACUAGGCAUCGUCGUUGCUCCUCACGUGGGCACCCGGGGCCCUCUACUGUGGGCAACUCAUGGCCUGCUGUCCGCCGCCCACCUGUUUUGCAACUACCGCUCGUACAAGGCCGUUCAACUCAGGACGCUCAACCCCUUCAGAGCAGAUAUUGUCCUGGCAGAGUACGUGACCAAUGGCAGGGUGCCAGGUGUCAUCGAAGCGUCCCCUCCACCUCUCCCCGGCACAGGUAGCAAGAACUGGAUUGAGUUCGGAGUGCCCUUGGCAAGUAGGCAGCAGUGGCUCACACAGACAGACGUCUCAACACUCCCUUACUCCCAUUCCACCCGAACCCCCUCCCCUCCUCCCCUUUCCAGGCCUCUCCCCCUCCUCGUCCAGGCACAGGCAGCGUCUCCUCCACCCCUUCCCGGCACAGGGAGUGAGAACUGGAUCGAAUUUGGGGUGCCCUUGGCCGCAGUGGCGCACACAGAGCGGGAGGCUGAGACCAUGGCUGAUAUAUUCCGAGGAGAGAAGUACCUGCUUGGGAGGGACGAGCGUACGGGGCAGAUGCAGUGGGAGGAGGCAGAGGCGGUGGCUGGGAUGGGAUAUGCUGAGGAGAGAAGUACCUCCUUUGACAGGACGAGCGUAGUGUUGAAGGAAGGAGCACUCCCUCGGGACUUCCUCAGAGCGGCCCUGCAAGCCGCCUACCUCCGCACUCUAUCUCCACACGUCCUCUGCCCCACCAUUCAUUCCCUCGCCCCCCAAGCGCGCACCCACGUCCAAGCCCGCGCCGCCGAGUUUUCCUCCUUGGGGAAGCAGAUCAAGGUAGUGUUGAAGGAGGGGGCACUCCCAAGGGAUUUCCUCAGAGCGGCCCUGCAAGCCGCCUACCUCCGCACCCUCUCUCCACACGUCCUCUGCCCCACCAUCCACUCUCUCGCACCCCAAGCGCGCACCCACGUCCAAGCCCGCGCAGCCGAAUUCGCUUCCUUGGGGAAGCUAGAGGUGCUGCAUGCUUCGUAUGACCGCAUGGCUGCGGGGUUUGAUGGGUUGUGUGAGGCGCUGAGAGCGAAUGGGUGGCGCUGUGACGAUGGCUUGUUGGCUCGGCCAGGAGACUGGCGACUGCUGCUGACACCUGAGGAGAAGAGGAAAUGA